AUGCACUCAUCAGUUAACACCAUCACAUCAUGGCUAAAAGAUAAAUCCUCUGAUACAGCUGCCAUUCUCACAAUAUGGGGAAUGGCUGGGAUUGGAAAGACAUCACUGGCCAGAUAUGUCUAUGAACUGCAUUAUAAUGAUUUUGAAAGAAGCAGCUUUAUUGAAGAUAUUGGAAGGAGAUGUACACAACAAGUGAAUACAUUGUUUGAUUUACAAAAACAUCUACUUGUAGACAUUCAGAAGGGAAAUUUACAAAAACUACAUGAUGUUAAUUGGUGCACCAUUAAGAUUGAGAAUGCACUACUCCAUAAACGAACUCUUCUUGUUCUUGAUGGCAUUGAUAAUUUCGAGCAGCUAGAUGUGCUGGUUGGAACAAAAGGAUUUCAUCCUGGAAGCAAGAUCAUAAUAACAACCAUAAAUGCAUCGUUGACUGAAAAGAGUGGUUUAUUUGGUAAGAAUAUAUCAUUCAAGCAUAUGAAGCACUUGCUUGAAGGAUUGGAUGAAACCGAAUCACUACAACUUUUAUGUUGUCAUGCCUUUAAGUGCAAUGACCCCAAGGAAGGAUACCAAGAACUAUCAAGAAAGGUUGUGAAACAUUGUGGUGGACAUCCCUUGGCACUUAAAGUUAUAGGCAGUUCUUUACGCAAUGAAGAUGUAGUUGCAUGGGAGGAUGCCAUAGAGUUUCUGGAGAAAGAACCAAAUCCUGAUAUACAAAAGUUCCUUCAAAUAAGUUAUGAUUCUUUAAGAUCCGAAAACGAGAAGGAAUUAUUCAAGCAUAUUGCUUGUUUUUUCGUUGGAAAAGAUAGAGAGUUCACUGAAACGAUACUAAAGGAGUGUGGUAUCAAGACAACGUCUGGGUUCUCAAAGCUCAUUGAUAGAUGUCUUGUCACCGUUGGACGAAAAAAUGAGUUAAUGAUGCACCAACUACUUCAAGAUAUGGGGAGGGACUUAGUUCGUCAUGAAUCUCCUAAAAAGCCAUGGAAGCGUAGCCGAUUAUGGCAUCAUGAUGAAUCAUAUGAUGUGUUGAACCAAGAUAAGGGUACAAAUAAAAUUCAAGGCCUUGUCCUUGCCAAGAAAGUGGUUGAGGAUGAUACUUUAGGUGGUACAAAUACAUUUGCCAAGAGACUUCCACAGAUUCAGCGGCUUUGCAACUUUUUCUCAAAGAUUUGGUGCUUAUUUGUUUGGCAAUCUGCAACAACUUUGGAAGAAGCCAAAGUUGCUUCCAUCAUUGAAGAUUUUAAAUCUCAGUUUUUCCAAGAUUGUGAGGAUCGUUCACUAGAAAAAUUAGAAUAUGAACCGGUGACAAAACCAAAUAUCAGCUCUUUAUCAUCUGUAUCCAUGGUUGAAAUUGAAAGCAUGCGGAAGACCGCAGAAACUUCAAGUCCAGAUGCUAUAUGA